AUGCUGGAAGUUCACAUCCCGUCGGUGGGACCCGAGGAUCCCAGGCAGAGCCCAGAGAAAGGCCACAUGGUGUUCCGAGUGGAAGUGCUGAGCCGCGGGCGCAGGCACACCGUGCAGAGGCGCUACAGCGAGUUCCACGCGCUGCACAAGCGGAUCAAGAAACUGUACAAAGUGCCCGACUUCCCCUCAAAACGCCUGCCUAACUGGAGGACUAGAGGAUUGGAGCAGCGGCGGCAGGGCUUGGAGGCCUAUAUCCAGGGUGUCCUGUACCUGAACCAGGAUGUGCCCAAGGAGUUACUGGAAUUCCUGAAUCUUCGGCACUUCCCCACAGACCCUAAGGCCAGCAGCUGGGGCACCCUGGGGGAGUUCCUGCCCAAUGACAGCAGCUCCCAGCUGCACCACCGGCCUGUCUUCAGCUUCCACAGGGAUCCCUACAUUCGCAGCCCAUCCCCAGAGCCUCUGCCCAACGUGGUGGUGAAUGGCGUGCUCCAGGGCCUCUAUGGCUGCAGCAACGGGCCAGAUGAAGCUCAGCCGGAGGCAUCUUGUCACCCUGCUCCUUUGCCACCGAUGCCCUGACCAGCCCAGAGGCCUAUGGGCCAC